GCGAAAGCUCUACUAGUAUCGAGGAAAAAUUAUUAAAUUCGCGACUCCGCGAUUUCCAACGCGAUGAGCUCACAAUCACUCACUGAGGCAACGUAGAGUAGUAGUUUAAUUUGUUUUUUUUACGUUGUGUACUUAGUAAAAUAAAGUUUAAGCAUCAGCCAUCACCAUCAACAACAGCAACAAAAAUCGUAUAAAUAGAUACAUAUCCAAACAACCAAUCACUCGAUGUAAAUUUAAUAUUUAUUGAAUGUAGCUGGUAGUCUAAUCGUCAAUUAAAAACGUGUAGUUAGUCUAUUUAUUUAUUAACAAAGUAUCUAUUAAAACUCACAACAAUGACGAGAUUAAUUCCCCAAGUUAAUUAUCUGACUCAAGAACAUCUCACUGGGUUUGAAAAUUACAAGUACAGUUGCUUGGAUACGAGUCCUCUGAGUAUUUAUGUUAUGCACCCAUUUUGGAACAAGGUUGUUACUUUCUGUCCAAAAUGGGUCGCGCCAAAUUUGUUAACCUUCUCAGGUUUCCUGUUCACAGUCUUAAACUUUCUGAUGUUUGCAUACUAUGAUUACUAUUACUACGCAUCGAGUGAUGAUCACCCAGAGUACCCACCGAUACCGCGACUGGUAUUCGCGCUGGCUGCAUUCAAUAUAUUUAUGGCAUACACACUUGACGGAAUCGACGGUAAACAGGCGCGACGAACACAAACAUCAGGACCACUCGGCGAGCUAUUCGACCACGGGCUCGACAGCUGGACAGCGAUGCUGAUAACAGUCUGUAUAUACUCAGUGUUCGGUCGCAGUGACCACAGCAUCCCGCCUUUGAGAAUGUACUUCAUCUUAUGGAACGUCAUGAUAAAUUUCUACUUGAGUCAUUGGGAGAAAUACAACACCGGCGUACUAUUUUUGCCCUGGGGCUACGACGCGUCCAUGCUGGCCACAAUUCUAGUGUUUAUCGGCACCAGUAUAUUCGGCCACGAGUUCUGGAAGUUUGAAUUACCCGGGGGUUUUAAUGCCGGCUUACUAUUCGAGGUAAUACUUUACGUGAGCGCGAUGGUGUCAAACGUACCAGUCGUCGUGUGGAAUAUCAUCAAGUCGUACCGAGACAAAACCGGUAAAAAUCGGAGCUUCAUCGAAGCCAUGAGACCGCUAGUGCCUCUUAUAUUACUUUUCAGCAUCGCGACUUACUGGGUGACGCACUCCUCCAUAGACAUUAUGGAGAAAGAUCCGCGCAUUAUUUACUUUGCCACAGGGACAAUAUUUUCAAAUAUCUGCUGUCGGUUGAUCGUGUCCCAGAUGAGCAAUACCAGGUGCGAAAUACUUCCCUGGAUAUUACUUCCGCUAGCCAGCGCGGCUGUAUUUUCUUAUUUAAUACCCAGUUAUGAUUUAGAGAUAAUGUAUUUGACGGCAAUAGCUGCUCUUGCGGCUCACGUACAUUACGGGUCUUGCGUGGUGAGACAGAUGUGCCACCACUUCCGUAUAAAUCCAUUCCGCAUUCGCGAGCAUUCGGAAUGACUACUUGCCGACGAUGCAUGCUAGAAAUGAAGAAUUACACACUUUUACAAUGGAUCUUUUAGGUCGGGGAUAGAUCUGACACACGUUUAUCAUUUCCACUUAUUUUACAUGAAUUUACAAUAAUUGUAAAUCAUUCAAAAUCACAAAAUUUAUAAUCCAAUUGUCUUUCUUCAUUAUUAAAAUUUUUUUAAAAUCAUCAAAUAAAUUUAUUCUGUUCGGUUUUGGUUCGUGUGUAGAUUUAUUUAUGUGUCUUCAUUUUUAUCGUGUAUCGUCUCUCGGACGUUACUAUUAUUACUAUUAUUUAUAGUUAUUAAUUAAUUUUAAUAAAUUUGUGGUCACUUGUGCCAUUGAACAAUCAUACAUUACAAUCUAUUGUUAUUAAUUAUAAUUAUUUAAUUAUAGAAUUAUAAUUUUGAUAAUUCUGCAGUUUUGGGUAUUUUUUUAAUGAUCAAAUUAUUUUAAAGUCUACGCCAGUAUUAAAUAAAUUAUUACUAGGGACAAGAUUUUUGCCAUAAUUUCGAAAUGAAUUGUUCAAAUGUUUAAUAUUACGGGGAAAAUAUUGGUUUUAUAAAAAAACAUUUCAAACAAAAGUUGUAGGAAAUAUAUUUUUAUAAAAGAAAUGUCUCUUAUGAUUUUUUUAUACGACCGAUAUUUUCACCGUAAUUCCAAAAUUGAGACUCAUAAUGAAUUAUUCAAAUUUUUGUUAAUUAUGAAAAUCUUAAUUUUGCAAUUACGGUGAAAAUAUUGGUCGUUUUAAAAAAUCAUAAGAGACAUUUUCUCUAGAAAAUAAAAUUUCCUACAACUUUUAUUUAAAAAAUUUUUUUAUACGGCCAAUAUUUCCACUGCAAUUCCAAAAUUUGACACCAUUACUUAUUAAUUGUUAUUCUUAAUUAAAGCAAAAAUCCUGGUCCUAAUCAUUACACUAGUAAUUUUUUAUUUUAAAAUCAUAUAUUAAAUUAAAUGUCAUAUGUUAUAUAUAUUUUUAUAUGUAAUUUUCUAAAUUAGGUUUUUUAUAUUUUU